AGUCACUCCAUCUCCCAAACCCUCAACAGAAAUACCGAAACCUAAUUUCCAAAACAAAACACCUCCUAACGCAGCCACAACCAAAUAAUGGCUGAGGAUACUCAACAGGACAAGGCGGAGCGCGAGCGGAUCUUCAGGCAUUUUGAUGCCAACAGGGACGGCAAAAUCUCUUCCACGGAGCUCGGGGAGGCCUUGAAGGCGUUGGGCUCCGUCACGGCAGACGAAGUCAAGAGAAUGAUGGUGGAGAUCGAUACUGACGGCGACGGGUUCAUUUCGUUCGAGGAAUUCAUUAGUUUCGCCAGAGCCAACAAGGGCCUCGUGAAAGAUGUUGCCAAAAUAUUUUGAGAUUGACCAAAUAGUAGGGUACACAGAUAACACGUCCUAGAAAAGUUAAGAAAACUAGACCGAAAAUUAACAUGAGGUGAUGUGUUGUGUGCACGUUUUCUAUCGCAACCGUAUGAAAGACGGUUCCAAACUUCAUCUCUGCCCUAUGCCUUCGAAUGCCAAAAAAGAUUGUUCAGUCUGCAAAACAAGAAGUUUAAAAAAAAAAAACACACAUUUAUUUUCAAGAAAAAUUUUAACUUUUUUUUUUUGAUAAACUAAAAGAAAUCAUUGAUACUCCAUACUAUUAAGCAACUAGCGAAAAAAAGUUUGAAAUUUUUUCCGAAAAAAAAGUACUAUUAUUUUUAAGUUCUUAUUUUGCAGACCGGACAAUCUUUUUGGAACGGAGGUAGUAUCAUUACUUCAUCCGUCAAUGCUGUCUUGUGGCUUUCAUUUCAUAGGUUUACCUGUCCCUUUUAUUACACAACAGAUUGGUAUUUUUUAUGUACUUGUGCUCCAUAUGCCAUCUUAGUUAAGUUUAUUAUCACGAAUAUAAUCGGCUGACCCAAUUAUUUUUUAAUCUUAUUUACAUAUGGUUGUUCUUUGGACCGUUUACUUACCUCCUUUUUUUUUCUUUUUUCUUUUUAUAACUUCACGUUUGACAAACAGGACCCUUCUUCUUGCAGUAAAGAGAAAACAAAUGAAAGAAAGAAAAAAAUGUGCAAUUGAUAAUUUCCUUAGAGGUUGGAUUGUCUCCAAUCUCUAACUGCCCAAUUUCAAAUUCACAGGCUCAGGGGACUCUUUGCCGUUGAUAAUUUCCUUAAUUUUUUAGUUGUGUGUCAACUACUCUGGCGUUAAAAAUGAUGAUUCCAGAGGGCUUGGCGGUUUUAAGAAUGGUUUGGGUGGAGUUUAUUUUAGCCUUCAAUGAGCCAAACCGUUCGCUUAUUAGAAUUCAUCGAAUACAUCAAUCAUGAUCGAAAUAGCUACUGAAUAUCAGCCUAUACAUGAUCAACAUAUUUAUCUUGAGAUAAAUAGAUUCUUAUCCAAUGCGACAGUCUAUUUCGCUCAAGAUAAAUGUGUUUCAAAAUCAUACUUAACGCACUUCAAUCACCUGAGCUUCGGCAAGGUUCAUGUUCUCUACGAGGGAAACGAUUCUGACCAUCAAAGUGGCCCGAAAGAGGCCCAAAUACCGAAACUAGACGGUCCGAAGGGACCGACGAGAAGUCGAACCCUAAAUAGACAGACACACAUUCUUCCAUUCUUUAUUCACCUCAAGUUUCCCAUGCAUACGCACCCCAUGCCGACCACCACACGAAAUGCAAAAGUCCGAAAAAAAUUAAAUAUAUUUUUUAAGAGAAAAUUGCAACACGAGAGGGAGAUUUU